AUGGGGGAUCAAGGAAACUCACUGGUGGUGUGGGGGAGCACUGGGCGGCGGCUCCAGUUCUCCAUGCAGGAUUUGAAGAUGCCCGCGAGCCUCCACGACAAUCCGCACUUUCACUUUUACGAGAAGCAGUGGGACGCCGUGGCGAGUUUCUGGUUUAACCGUAUUUUAAAGGAGUCAGGACUCCAGCACCUUUCGGUGGAGGCCAUCGUGGAGCUGAUUCGUGAAGACAUCUCCAAGCGCUGGGAGCGGCGUCGACAAGAACAGAGCAUCUACAAGAAGCGGAAGAGGCUGUUGCAGCGUAGUGGCCCAGCAGGAUCCCCCUCGGCAUGGGUGUUGCUAACAAACGUUACGGCACUCGAAGGCUACCACGCGGCUACCGAGAUGGAGCAGAGGGAUUUGGUAACGGCCUUGGUGGGGCGAGUCGAGGACGUUGCAAAAGACAAGGUAGAGUCCUGGCGGGUGCUUGUCGACGACGCAUCGGAACAACCGCCCGCCAAGUCUGCGCGUGUAGAAGGUACUGCGACAACGUCCGCAGAAAACUCUGGCAACGACGGUGACGCUGCCGGCGACUUUGACGACCGCGUCGCCGUCGUCUUGAAGCUAUCCAGUAAGGAAAAGGCCGCUACCACGAUCGCCAACCUCCACGGUAGCAGGUUCGACGACCGCCGAGUACUGUGCCGAUUCUGGAGCGUAUCGUGA